GGAGUUAAAGUGAUAUACAGAACCAAAGAAGUGGAGGAGCAACAAGCUAAGAGUCGAGCUUGGAAUGAAAGCUGGUUGUCGAUUUUCUUUUACAAGCCUUGCAACUAUGAGCUGUUUGUGAGGCAAAACUUAAACAUGGAGAUGGCGAUAGUUAUGGCAAGGGAGGCAGGUGUGGAGUGGAUUCUUCAUCUGGAUACUGAUGAAUUGAUGCAUCCAGCUGGUGCUCGAGAAUAUUCUCUGAGGCAACUGUUGAGCGAAAUGCCUGAAAAUGUGGACACGGUUGUUUUCCCAAGCUAUGAAAGCAGUGUUGAACGAGAUGAUAUCCAAGAUCCUUUCGCCGAGGUAUCCAUGUUCAAGAAAAACUAUGACCAUUUGACAAAAGCUACUUAUUAUGGCAUGUAUGAAGAUUCAGUCCGUGGCAACCCAAACUACUUUAUGACAUAUGCUAACGGAAAAUCUGCUGCUCGGAUACAAGAUCAUCUUCGCCCUAAUGGUGCACAUAGAUGGCGUAAUUACAUGAAAACUCCAACUGAACGGAAAGUGGAGGAGGGUGCAGUCUUACAUUACACAUACGCCAAAUUUUCUGACAUGACUUCUAGACGGGACCGAUGUGGCUGCAAGCCCACAAAGAAGGAUGUGAAACGAUGCUUUAUGUUGGAAUUUGAUAGAGAUGCAUUUAUAAUUGCUUCAACUGCGACGGAGGAAGAGAUGCUAAACUGG